AUGGAUUUGUUUGCGAUACCAGCUGUAGGACUCGACUUCAGUAAGCAAACACUACCUAAAGGGAGCAACAAAAUCUGGGACGGAUCCUUCUCACCACACGUUUCAUGGUUCUGGCGAAUGGUUGAUGAUGCUGUGCUAAGACCAGAUUGUUCGUCGCUGAGGAUCAAGAUUGAGUGUUGA